CUGUGUUUUCAGUCGGAAUGCACCCAAAAAUAAUAAAAUAAUUAUGCCAUUUAUUAUGCGAAUCUGUACCCGUGAUUAUUAUUAAGUCAUGGACUGAAUUAGAAGAUAACGUAAAAACCUCGUGAAUGAAGUUUAAACAUUUCAUUGAUUGUUUGCACACGUACUUACUAAUAAGCAUAGAUAGUGAUUUGUUAUAUUUGAAGAAGUUUCGUGAACAAGCACAUUGGUCGCUUCAAAACAGAAAGAAAUAGCAAAUUCCCCCUACAACCAUUAGCUAUUAAAAUCAAUUAUCCUGCUAUGUUUACCAUUCUUUUGGCACACCUAUUCCGUAAGUCGAGGGUGGCAUAAAACUAUCUCCUGUCACAUGGUAAGAACAUUCGCAUCAACCGAGUUUUGCAAUAGAGAUUUUUCCAUGGUUUAUGUAUAUUAUAUUGACCGGAAUUGGCGUCCAUACCUCUAUCCAGGAAGAAGUCUAGACAAUGACAACACUACGCUUGUGCACUUUGCGAUCACGUCUAGACUGCGUCUAUGUUUUUGCUGCAUAUACUAGUGAUUCUGCGACACUUUUUCCAUGCGUUGGCGACAAGUCGCUCACGUAAGGUGCGUUGCAAAAUAUUUGUGUAACUAUAUCGAAAUGGGAUUGUUGAUAUAGUGUACAAUUACCAAGGCAAGGUUGGGCAGUAUGCUCCUUUCAUUAAAAAAAAAAGCUAUAUUUCGUAUAACUUAGGAAGACUUAAUUUACUGUUGAGAUGACACCAUUUUUCAGGACUACUUGAAGUUUAGCUUGAAAUCAGUGUUUGUUUCAAGUAAUGCGGACAAGAAAGUUUCAAUAUUAUUGGUACAUAUACAAAAAAAUUGAGUUUGUUUUUUUAUAAAAACUUGCCCGAUUUAAAAUAUUGUAGCUAUUUAGCUGACUAUUACCAAUAGUUCGUGGAACUUUUUAUUUUUUGUUUAUAAAAAACUCAUUGCAAAGUUCGAAGUUGAAGUUCGAAUUCACAGUCGAGAUGUUGUGUUGUUGCCGACUAGGAAAUGAUAUCGUUUGCGUUGCUGCGUUAAUAAAUCAUCACGACGACAGUUACGACCGAUUUGGGACCAUUAUGGGAAUUAUCAAUAUAAACACUACAGUGCUUGACAUAAGAGUAAAGUGGUUCAUUGUUUACAUAUCACAAAGAAUUGCAGAAAUGAAUAUGUAAUUUUAAACUUUUUUUUUUCAAUAUAAUAUGAACGCUUGCCAAGAGCACACGAUUCCUGGUUUUAACUUGCAUAUUGUUUAGCUUAAGAAACGGGGAAACACAUAAAUUUUUUUCUCAAUCAACAAUAUUUUACAUCCGGUGCUCGGUGGAUGAUUGAAUCUGAUCAAUUCUUCAUGCUAAUACGAAACGGACGCAUUGUUAAAACGUUUGUUAUUGAAAGCCCCGGGACAUUAAGCGUUUGAGCUUGAUUUUGUUUUCGGAUCCGAAGACCAACAACAACGCCUCGAUUUGUCAGCUAAUUUAGGUAAACAUUAUUAGUGCCGUUGUGCAUAAUUAUGUGAUUUGUUAUCUGCAAUUUGCUUUUGCAUGAUAUUUCAUAAACCAAUCGCCAAGAUGCGGUACGAACCUCCAGAUGCGGUACGAUCUGUACAAGCAUUACCGUUCUUUUCAGGUCCUUUUAGUACUACAUUUAGUCGAAUGGUUCUCGUUUAGUCGAAUUUUAUUGUGAUACGACUUGCACUGUAUUGAUAACAGGACAAUAAAAAAUACUUAGAACAAUUAACACUUAAAAUCGGGUUGGCGUCGAAUCGGAUUAAAUAUUGUUUACAUUCUUACAUUCAUCCUUAUGUUUGGUUUUGAUUAAAUAUUCUGAAAAUCAACAUCAGUUAUUAAAUGAAAAAAAAACGAAUUUAAUGUACUGCAUUUUUAUUUUUGGGCUUAUAACUAUAUUCCACACUGUCCACAAUCACUUCACCUCAAUCAACGUUAGCCAAACCGGAGCACUGGUCGGACGUAUUAGCUCAUGCAAUGAGUAAAUCUGUCUCUCCUACAUCAACUUGCUCAGUGUUCUUGUAUGUCUCAGCUGGACUUGACGAUGAUUUUGAUUUAGUGAAGAGAAGUACUGCUUACGAAUGGAAAAUAUAUUGCACUUUGUGCUGAUAUUUAUCACAUUUUUGAUAACAUUGCGUGUGACAGCUACCGGUAGUUUAAAACCCAACAACAUUCUGUACAUAAGUGCCGUUGCAUCUCCGAGUCACUUUCUAUGGAGUCAACAAUUAUCGAAAAUUCUAGCCAAUAGUGGACACAACGUUACCUUACUGAGCAUCUACAAAGAAGGAGAAGAACAUAAUCUUCACUUUAUUAAGCUGGACGGAGUUGAAGAAGCACUGUCAAAGGAUCAUGACAUUGAUUAUCUCUCAAUGCACUCGAUGUCCCCUUCAGAACUGUUGACAUCAUUUGUUGAACUUGAACAUUUGGUUUGCAGGCAUGCUCUUUCGUCGAAGCAACUAUUGAACUUGCUCAACUAUCCAACAAACUUUACAUUUCAUCUAGUUAUUCACGAUCAUCUUGCUGGUCCCUGUUUGCUUUUUCUUCUAGAACGAUUCCGAUCCCCUCCCUUAGUGAUAGCAUCUGCAUCAAAUAUUUUUUCGAGUGUAGAGUGUAUCUUAGGAACGCCUGUAUAUCCUGGAUUUAUUCCAAAUUAUCUUUACGAUACACCACCUUCAUUUGGAUAUUUACAAAGAUUUUAUAACUUCAUGUUGAAAGCGUACGAAUUGUUAAUGAAACGAUAUUAUAGCAAUCACCAGAUCGACCGCCUAGUUAAAAAUCGUUUUCAAAAUGUAUCAUCAGUUUCACGCCUAGAACCGAAAGCUCUCAUGGUUUUAAUGAAUUCUAUAGAUCUUUUCGAUCCACCAGAACCUCAAAUUUGGCGUGUAGUAAACGUUGGAGGAUUGCAUAUAACUGUCCCAAAGCCUAUGCGUGAUUUGUUCUUUCCAAGUCGAAAUAAAACAUAUGAUAAAUGUGUUUACAUCUCAUUUGGAAGUAAUGUGAAGAUGUAUAACUUUAACAAUCAUCUAGCGCAGAGCAUAAUUACGACAGCACGGUUGCUGUCACACAUAAAGUUUUUGUGGAAAGUUGACACUUCUUCAGAGUCCACCAGUGAUGAUAUCAUCCCAGAAAAUAUGAUAACCUUCGAUUGGUUUCCUCAAAACGAUCUUCUAGGCAGUGGAAUGGUUCAUGCAUUUGUCACACAUGGUGGGCUUCUGAGUGUACAAGAGGCAAUUUGGUACGGAAUACCAAUGCUCGGUAUUCCUAAUUAUGGAGAUCAGUACCAAAACGUUCGGCGUAUCGAACGAAUAGGAAUAGGCAAACAGUUAAUUCUUGAGGAUGUAAACCCAAAUUCAUUCAAAAGGCAUUUGCUGGACGUGAUAAACGACGAAAGGUACAAACAGAGUGCGACAACCGUGUCACGAAUCAUUCGUGAUAAACAAAUAACGCCGCGGAUGAAAGCGCUUUGGGUUGUAGAAUGGGUGCUAAGGAAUCACAAUAAAACUAUAAACAUGCUAGAUGAUCUAAAUGAUGUGGGAUACAUACAAAAGUAUUCCAUUGACGUGUUAUCCACCAUCAUACUCAUGACUUGUUUGUUAAUUUUAAUGUCAUAUCGAACAACGGUCCUAAUGGUUUGUUUCCUGCUAGGCAGAAAAAGUAGGAAAAAUAAAUUGGAUAAGUUUACAAAACAGCUAUAAAUCAAUUGUUAAAGUGAUACUUCUUCUUCAAAUUUUAAAACAUUCCAUAAUUAUAUUCAGUGUGUUAGUUUCAAUAUCUACAUGUAGCAAUUUUAGCUGUAACUAUAUAUGUAAUAUUCUAAACUGUAAUCAUUUAAUAAAUAAUAAACUGUAGUACUAUCAUAGUACUUAUUUUAGACCACAUUUACUUAUAAUCGUUCAUUUGUUUGCCCCAUUCUGAACGAGCAACCAACUUGCACGUUAGGCGAAAUUAGAAUACGCGAACCGUUAGGACAUACUUUCAGUCUCCAUAGAAUGUUUGCAUUGCAACGUGAAAGACAUAAUUCAUAGCUACCGAACAAGCUGGAGGUAUUAUAAAUCAUCUCUCGUUUAAUUUCCUGAAUCGGGCUAUUCACUGUGACAUCGUCAUGUUUUGCUGUUGCACGUUGGACGGUUAGAUUUUACAUUGCUGGCUAUGUUUUAUCAAAUGACACUAUUGUAAUGGGCAUGAGGUUUGAAUUUUGUUAUAAAUUACAUUUGCGAUAAUAGACAAGUUACACGUAUAUUACUGCUAUGGCCAUCUCACAUGAUUGUUGUAAAAUUUUAAAUUGUUAAAUUUGAAAUGGCUGCACCGAUUUGUAGGUUUGAAUAUUUGCUGAGUAGUGUUGAACAUUGAAUCGAAUACAUCAAUCAAAAUACACAAGACGAUAAAUUUGUGCUAUUUUAUAAUGGAAUAAAGUUGAAGCGGCGCUUGCCCCACACGCAGAACCGUAUAUCAAUUCACAUCCAGGACUAUCCUGCUAUUGGUAAAUAAAGUCAAGCAAAGCUAGAAACGUCGUACUACUGCAAGCUUUAGUGCUGUCAAAGGAGAAGAUCAUAGCCAGGCGUACGGACCAACAUCACCAGCAAGCACAGCGAGAAUUUACAUCCACUUCGUUUUUUCGUCGUUUCUUUCGUUCCAGUAAGAGCCAGAUAUUGAAUAUUCGGAUCAUUCCAAAAUUCCUCGUCGGUGCAAUAGUCAACGAAUGUACACUUUGUCAUGCACGCAAAUUUAAAUUAGAAUCAGGUGGGAUUUGUUAAACCUCAAGAACAGCGUUUCUUCCGCUAGAGCUUUUGAAGGGGUUUCUGACAGACAAAAGUUCUAAUUCCAAUGUUUCCCGGCAAUCUGUUCAAAAAUUCAUUAAAUACUUCCGACUUAUUUCUUCUACCGAAAGUGUCAAAAGUUGUUUAGCAAAUAUUGGCUUUUAACAAUAUAAAAACAUUCAGUAAGUCCACCGCAAAACUUUCAUAACAAAAAAUAUAUAUUUUGUAGGGCAAAGCCAGCAACUUUAUAUUUUUAGUCAUUUAAUCUUUCAGGUCAGUUGACCGCUAAAUCGAUUUCCUAAAAAUUUGUUCACCAAACCAUUUAUAGCUUCUAUUCUAUACGUACCUAUUUGUAUAUUGCAUGUUAGUAAGUCGUUUCGCUCAAAGUUUACGUUAGCGUUUUAAAAGUGGCUUUGCUAUUGCAUCGAAGAUUAGAAGUAAAUGCUAAACGGUGAACUAUUUGUGCUUAAGUUCAUUC